CUCGCUUCGGAGCCGCGGACCCCGGGCCGCGAUGUGACCCGCCUGCCCCUGCCGCCCGCGCGGUGGGGCCUCCAGCGAAACCCGCUGGAGCUAACCUCCUCGACUCAUGAGGAGCUAGUCACGCUCGCCGAGGCCGAGCUCCGCCGGCUCCUCGUCGCGGACAACUACGACUCUGUCAGCAACUUCAUCUCGCUGUUCGACGCGUUCGAGAAGCGGAAGGAACCGCUAUACGACGUGUACGAGAGCUACAAGCCGCCGAUAAGAGCGAAGAAACACACGUGCGUCGGCUUAGGCUUCGAGUUGAUCAGGCGUUGGCGCGCUAUGGACCCUGAAUUCCCUGGCUUGGCCAAAGCGACCGCUCUACUUUCCUGCGAAGAGGCAGUAGUUGAUGUCAGGGGUUAUGUCACCAGCGGAGACUGCCCGACGGCGGUGGUGGAGGCCGAGAAGGAGCACGUGAUGGUGGGAGUCCAGAUCAGGGUGGAUGGAAGACCGGGGCUGCUGCUGGCGGAUCCGGGGUACCACGUGCCCAGGGCCGUCACUGUCAUGCAGGAUGGGCUUUAUCCUCACACCGGCUGGUUCACCCAAACCGACGAUCAGUUCCUCAAGGAGUACAGCUACGCCUUCAGCCCCCACAACUCCAGCUACGUGGAAUGGCGGGAGCGGACCACCCGUGACGGCAACGUGAAACGCCAGACCUCGCUCGUUUACACCGCGAGGCCGUAUCUAGACGGUGUCAAUGUUACCGAGAGGAGGAACCUUGUCUACAACUUUAGGAGCCUCCUGGCCCGCGACCAGAAAGGCCAGCUCGUCGCUGGCCUGUACUUCCCCGUCGGCGCGCGCGGCAAAGACGCUUCUUUCACACUAUUCUUCGACACCGGGGCCGAGAAGCGGAAAACUAAACACAAGUUCAGCGUGUUCACCGAAGAGAUUGAGAUCCCACAACCCCUGUCCAACGAGAUCGAGCUCUGCAACAGCCAGAUGAACUACCCGCAAGGCGAACUCCGCCGCAUCCUCACCAAGCUCGCCAAGGUCGUCUCCCACCAGCCCUUCAUCGACCAGAUGCUCGAGAUCAACGAGGACAUUUGCCGCAUGAGCCUCUGACGACAACAUGGCGUCCGCAAGAUGGCCGACGCCACAGACUAAAUAUCCGCCAACAUGGCGUCCGCAACAUGGCCGACGCCACAG